UUAGUUUAGGGUUUCAUAUUUUCUUGCUAAUAAAUGUAAUAAUGUAUAUUAUUUAAUUUAAUUUUCUUGACACUUAUUCUCUUAUCCUAACUGAUUCUAGCAAAGGCUCAAAAGGCUGCCUAUUCUCUAACAAUAUCAAGAGCAGUUCGUCUUGUUGUGGUAUUCUUUUGAAUCCGUUAUAGUAUUUCUGCGCACCGCACAGUUGCCGUGAAUCGUGAUGGACGUGACGCACGCGUGUCGUUGCUGCCUGCGGUGUGCUCCGGACAAGGACCUGACGACGCCGUAUACACAUCUCGGCAAAACGGAGAUAUAUGCCGACAUGAUCAAAGAGAGCUUCGAUAUACAUCUGGUGGUGGGCGGCUCGGGCUCGUGCGGCAUCUGUUCGGCGUGCGUGGGCCGCCUGCGAGACGCGAGCGACUUCAAGCUGCAAGUGCAGCGCAGCCAGGCGGAGCUGCGAGCGCGGCUGCAGUUAGAGAGUAUCAAAGAAGAAGAAUCUACCGUCGAGCCAGAUACUCCAGAAAUGCAGGAGGAAGAUGAGACCAGUGAGCCGGUAUCAGGUGAAGAGCCCCCGGUCAAACCGGAGAUGCUGGAAGAAGAUGAAAUACUUGAUGAGAGAUUCCGUGAGUCAUUAGUUUUAACGACAGGUUUAGAAGAUAUGAUGAUGUGUGAUGUGUGA